UAUGACAGUUUCUCCAAUGAGCGUAGUAUCACGUGUUGCAGUAUACUCCGAAAUGCGAAUGCAAUAUAGAAAUGUAAUAUAGAAGAUUUUAACUUUCUCCAUUUCUCCAUUUAAUAUUUUAGUGUAAAAGGUACGUUGAUGCAAGAAUUUUACUAAGGAAAAAAUUAGACAAGAAAAUGUUGCACGACGAUACUCCACCGCUAUCGUCCGAUUCUUCGGACGAUGAAAUGCUGAUGGAAGACUAUGCAUAUGAAGUUAUCGACGUAGACGAAGCGGGCGGUGAAAUUGAAGAUUUAUCAGACAAUGAAAACGACACAGAUGUGCCAAUGGGGAAUUCUACGCAGGACGAAGAUGCUGCGUACAUUUUCCGCGGUCACAAUGACAAAUCCUCGGUGUUCUGCUGCUCAUUGAGCAAGAACAAUGAGCUUGCGGCAACAGGAAGCGAAGAGGACAAGGCGUUAGUUUGGAACACCGUCUCUGGUGAAAUUCUCUUCGAGUGCACCGGUCACAAGGACAGUGUCAUAUUUGUUGGAUUCAAUUUUAAUGACACGUAUCUGGCAAGCGCCGACAUGGCUGGUACAAUAAAGUUGUGGCAAGUAAGAGACAAAGCCUGCAUCUGGGACACCAGCCUGGACGACAUCGAUUGGAUGAAAUGGCACGAUUCUGCAAAUGUGUUGUUAGCAGCUGUGCAGACUGGAGAGGUGUACAUGUUCAAAAUGCCAGAGGGCACGUGUAGAGUUUUCCCGCAAGUACAUGGCGAUCGGGCACAGACCGGCGUGAUUCUUCCAGAUGGUAAGCGCAUCGCGUUGGGGUACCUCAGUGGCAUGAUACGUGUGUUAGACUUGAGAACGGGUACUGCAUUGUCCACUGUGGAGAAAGAUCCGACUGGAUUGCACAGACACUCGAAUUGCAUCACCAGUCUCGACUGUUAUACGGAUAAUAAUCUGUUAAUCUCUACGUCGGUGAACGGCAAAACCAUGUUGAGCUCAGCGAAUAACGGGAAGGUAAUUUCCAUACUUCAAGAUCUGAAUGCUAACAAAGGAAUAAGCAACCCCGAACUGAACAAUUUCAGCGUAGAAGUUGCAGCUUUCUGCAAAGAUCCUACGUUCCCCGUCGCUGCGACUGGCACAAUCGAGAAUUCAAGCGGAAAAGUAUAUAUCUGGGAUAUCCCGAGACAGGUCCUUAGACAAGAGAUUUUCCAAGAGGGGGGCGUCACAAGACUAGCUUGGACCAGCACGUCAAUAUUAUUUACGACCGGUUUGGAUGGUGUCUUACGAUCUUUCGACGCGAGAGCAGGUAGUUGCCUCAGAUCGUUCUCGGGCCACAAAGGAGUCAUACUGGAUCUGUACAUAUCUCGGGACGAGAAGAAGGCCUUGACCGUUUCCGACGAUUCCACCGCCAGAAUUUUCGACAUUUCGUCCAUACCAGUAACAUAAUGCGAGACAAAUGUUGCACUAUUACUUGCAUAUAUUUACAAAAGUUCUUUAUAAAUUAUAAACAAAUCUUUGGUUUUUUA